UGCUGUGAGCUUGCAGUCAAAGUUUGCACACAUAUAAGGCAGGUGGAACUCUCUGCUCUGGCCUGGGAAAAGCGACACAUUAUCUGCUCUUCUCAGCUUUUAUCGUCAUAUUUGAAGGCUACCAUUAGAUUCCAGGUGGCAGUUUAUUGUGAUCAUCCAAGCAUGGAAAAAGGUGAAAGUAUAGACAAAUGGCAGAAGAGAUGGGAGGAGGGACAUAUUGGAUUUCACAAAGGAAAAGUUCAUGAGAUGCUGUCUGCCUAUGUAGAUCAGCUGACAGACGGCAAGGAAAGAUGCAGGAUCUUCAUUCCACUGUGUGGCAAGACAAUUGAUAUAGUGUGGUUAUGGGAACGCGGUCAUGAGAUUGUUGGAGUGGAGGCUGUCGAAGAUGCUGUGUUAGCCUUCUUCCAGGAGCAGAGUAUAAAAUACACAGUUACAGACGUACCAGGAAUGCCAGGUGCUAAACUCUAUCAGAAUGAGGAUGGCAGGAUUAAGAUCUACAGAUGUAAUCUGUUUGAAUUAAACAGGACUAUUCUAGGUGAUUUUGAUGCUAUCUACGACAGAGGAUCACUCGUAGCCAUUGGUCCAUGUGAUAGAAUAAAGUAUUCUGAAUUGAUGUCUUCAUUGUUGGGGAAAGGAGGAAGGAUCUUAUUAGAGUCAUACCUCUAUGACAAGGAACAGUUCAAGUGGAAAAAUCAUUCUCCAUUCUCUCUUACUGAAGCUGAAGUCAAAGCAUUAUAUGAGCCCAAAGCCAAGGUGCAAUUACUACAUACCCGCGAUGUUCUCUACGAUGUGUUCAGAGAGGCUGGUUUAGAAUGGAUGUCUGCGAUCAUGUUACUACUUAAAUUUGACUGAACGAAGUAAAGAUAUCGGCAGAGGGAAUGAUAAGGGGCAACAUGGAGGUAAUCACCGUUAAUAAUUAUAAUAAUGAUAAUAAUACAGUCAAAC